GCGCAGUAACCCGGCUGAGCAGCAGGGGGCGCCUCCACACAGCGUCCACACUCCUGAGGGCUCGCUGAAGAGCGGAGGACUCUCCAUCACCGUUUAUUUCACCGUAGUCAUUUCAAACAUCAACGGGUUAAAGCGACGAGUUCUCCGGCUGCAGCCAAUGCCGUAAAUGGGCCUGACAACCACCACGACAACCGCAACAAACAACAACAUCAUCAUAACAAAACAAGGGUUCUGCUUCCGGUUUCUGGAGCGAGCUGCCAGGCUCCAGCGUCGUUUAGCAACCGGGCAGCAGUUUUUAUCAGCCAGCUCAGCGGCUUUUAAUUAAUAACGGUCCUCUUUGCCGUCGUUUCGGGAAAACGCUCCAGGCAAACCCGACCCGGACCCGCGGCCCUCCCGAAGAGCGAUUAGCAUGAGCGAAGGAGACGUGUUUCACGAGAAGCAACGAUUGGAGCUGUGCGCGAUUCACGCACUCAACAACGUGCUGCAGGAGGGGGUGUUCACCAAGGAGACGGCCGAUGACAUCUGCAAGCGGUGGGGUGACGUUGUGGGGAUGUGUGUCGGUGUGCUGCAUCUGCUCUGUGUGAACCCUAACACCCCCCCCCCAGAAAACAACAACAACAAAUUGCCAUUAAGACACACAAGGAUCCGUCAUGGGCUUUACUAAUACUAAUAAUACUGAUGAACUCCUUCCUAUGUCACUCCACAGCGGUUAUAGCCUCCCUAUCAAAAAGUCAUUCCAUUACUUUGAUGCAGCAGCUGCAUGUAUCAUCGGUUUCUUAUUUUGAUCUCAUAAAUAUCUGCUUAACUUCAAAGAGAUCGCCUGAGGUGAAACCCCAUAGUGAACGUAUCACUAACUCACAGUGUUUGGUGAAAUCUACUGUGACCUUUCAGGCAAGAACAGCAGUGGUGCAGUUUCUCGCAGCAAAAGCCACUGCAUUUACCAACUUAAUUGACUGAAACAAUCGAGUCACAGUCUCGGUGCGCUUGUGACCUCGGCUAAAGAAUAUCCUGCAGGCGUCUCCUGUGACUUCAUUGACUCACAGAAACGUUGUCUAGGUGGCAUCGGCCGAACUGCUUGUUCCUCCCUCACUGAGAGCAAAACACUCUUUGCUGUCCUGGCUCCGGCAUGGUGGAACGAGCUCUCUAAUGACAUCAGGACCGCAGAGAGCCUUCACAUCUUAAACUUGACUAAAACACUAACAAAUUGUAGCACUUAAAUUGUACUUGUAAUGGCUCUUAUCUGUAGCAAGUUGUAAAUCGACUUAAUUGAUAAAGUUGCACUUUCUUGUUCUUGUGAGUUUGGUUGAACUGCAAUUAUUGUAAGUCGCUUUGGAUAAAAGCGUCAGCUAAAUGAAAUUUAUUGUAAUGUAAUGGCGGUUCUGAGGAAAGGCCUUAAUUUGACCCAUGGAAGCUGGGCGUGAGAGUUAAUUACAGACGGUGGGGAUGUUCAUACAAGAAAGAGGGAAAACAAAACCUCACAGCAACACCAAACACACCUGGCAAGAAGAAGCUGCAUCAAAUAAAUGGUUGAUGUGCUUUGAAAUGUUAAUUUUCUCUGUCUGUGUGAUCAGGCUGGCUCCACAGUGUGUGGUGAACCCUCACCGCUCAGUGUUGGGUACAGGAAACUAUGAUGUCAACGUCAUCAUGGCGGCACUGCAGAGCCGGGGACUGGCCGCAGUGUGGUGGGACAAACGCAGGACGGUUCAGAGCCUUUGCAUGCCAAAGGUCCAGGGUUUUAUCCUCAAUGUCCCAUCGCGGGUGUCUUUGGGGUUCAUGUCCCUCCCGCUCCGACGGCGACACUGGCUCGCGGUCCGGCAAGUGAAUGGACAGUACUACAACCUGGACUCCAAACUGAAGAGUCCCGCCUGUAUCGGGGGAGAAGCAGAACUACGCACAUUCCUCGGCGAACAGCUGUCGCAGGACGUGGCGGAGAUGCUCCUGGUCGUCAGGCAGGAGGAGGAGGAGGACGGCUCGUGGCUGAACGCCGACAACCCCGAGAAGUGACGCUUCGGGACAGUACAUGCCAAAAUCCUCUGUGGAUGAUGACGGACUUAAGAAAAAAGAAUAAAAAAACCUCAUUGCAGAAAACUCUUCAGGGAAUGCACUAAAAUACAUUUGAUAUCUACACACAGGAAAUUCCAAAGAGAAGCGAACGGUGUUUACUCCUGAGAUGAAGAACUGUUUGAUUGUAGUAUCUGUGAAGGCCUUUACUCUCAUAUGACCCAUGUAUUUGCAUUGUCCUUUGCCUAGUACCUUUUGUUUUUAACACAGGGAAGGUCACCUCUAAGCAAAUGUGGGAUUGUUUUUUUUAAUUAUAGAGAGAUUGUAGGUUUUGUGCAUGAAAAAACAUCUGCAGAAAGGACACCCGCUCGACUUUGAGUAGCAAACGUAACCAAGGUCAAAAUGGUAUCGCUGUCCUAAACUAUGACCAUCGAGUCGACACAAUCCGAUCAAUAUCUGCUGUGGCUGCAAGCUGGUUGAUGUCAAAAGCAGUGCCCUCUCGACCAUUAUGGAAAACCUUCUAUGCACUGCAGCUGGAUUAGUUCGCCCCGCUCGUCUCUCACCUGAGGCAUCGAAGGGCGGCCGGUGUCUUUGCUUUUUACCUGUCUUUUACUACUUUGCCCUAGACGUUUGUCACAGAGUGCCACAGUUUUUAGAAUUUAGAAUGUUUUGUUUGCCUUCCUGGCUGCCUUUGGUUUUCGUCAUUUAGUCCUCAGACAGGACGUUGGUACGGAUGCACUAUCUCUUUCAUUUAAUCCAGGUCUCAAGUCUCUCCAGGUUGAGUUUGACAUGCUUUAAUAUGAAUGAAAGAAGCUAGAAAUUGUAUUUUCUUUUAUAUCAUGAAGGAACGGUUGCAGGAAAAUAAAAUAUACUAUUUUACAUUUGUUUUAGAUAUGCAAAAGCAUUUGACUAUAACAUUUGUUUGUAUUUAUUCUCUCCAUUUGAUCUAUGCAUAUCCAGGAAAAUAGGAGCACUGUCUGCUAAACUAGUGACUAACUCACAUGAACCUAAGCUCCGAGGUUUGGAACGGUGAAACCUAUUCAUAUUAAACUUUGACCUCUUGUUUUA